AUUGCGUCACCCCUGCGCGGUGCGAACCAGGAAGUGGCGCAGUGCCGGAAAAUGUUUACGUUUAGUUUAACCUUCAUUCGCCAUGGAGAAACGCAGUACAACAAGGACAAGCUAUUGCAAGGCCAAGGUGUGGACACCCCGCUAUCAGAUACGGGUGUACGGCAGGCUGAGGCCGUUGGUCGAUACCUGGCAGACGUUCCAUUAAGCGAGGCGUACGCCAGUAACCUCCAGCGGGCCGUCCAGACAGCUGAACUCAUCCUGGCUAACAACACGUGCUCUUCUGGCGUGGAGCUGCUGUUGGAGCCUUUGCUAGCGGAGAGGGGUUUUGGUGUCGCCGAGGGGCGUCCUAAAGAGGAGCUGAAGAACAUGGCCAAUGCUGCCGGACAGUCGUGCCGAGAUUUUACGCCCCCUGGAGGAGAGACUUUGGAGCAGGUGAAGCUGCGAUUCCAAAAAUUCCUGACUCUCAUUUUUGCGAAGAUGCAGGAGGUGCAGGGCUGGGGGUCGCCCACAGCCGCCUCAGAUGACGCUCCCUCUGGCCCGGCGGAGGAAGGCAUGCGGGGGUCUUCGGCCCACGUGCUGGUGGUCAGCCACGGCGCCUACAUCCGCGUGGCCGUCCGUCACCUGGUGGAGGACCUGAAGUGCUCGCUGCCCGCUGCCUCCAAGAUGUCUCAGCUGCUGUCCCCGUGUCCCAACACGGGCAUCAGCCGCUUUGUCCUCACCCUCGCCGCCUCCUCUUCCGGGCCCGUCCUCCACGACGCUCGCUGCAUUUUCGCCAACAGGAAGGACCACCUGGAAACGCUCGCGACCGACGUCUAGCGUUGACGGGAAGUGUUCCAGCAUUGCACAGGGUAACAAUUCAUCAUCUUAUUUAUUGAUCUGUGACGCUUUAUCGCAACCAAGUCAAGUUUACGGAGCAUGGCAACAACAUUGCAUCAUCGUGUGUACGUACAUGCCAAAUAGCAACAUACUACACCAUGAUGAAUACAUGAUAUAUCAGAAUAUACAAUAAACAGUGUAAAUCAAGAAAACAUAGGGACAAAAAGUCACCACGAAAUAUCUGUGGAUGUCUCACUCUUUGUUUUUCCGGGUCAGUUUUUGUAGCUUUAUUGCCAUCAUUGCAUUUCAUGAAAUCUGACGAUGCCAAUAAAGUUGAUGGAACUUACAAAAAAAAACAAAAAGAGUGAAACAUCCAUAGAUGAUUUACUUUUAUGUUUUCAGCAAACUCCAUUUCACUUGAAGGUGUGUACUUAGUGCGUACUGUAUAAAUAAAUUCAUGACAAAUACUCACUGAGUGUUGAAGGAAAUGCAUAAUAAUACUACAAGAGUGAUGAACAAUACUGCUGUCGUGGAGCACAAAUAAAUGCACGAUUGGUCAAGAAAGCACAAAGGACAAAACGUCACAAUAAAACAUCUAGGGAUGUCUCACUCUUUUUUUUCAUUUAUUGCCAUCAUUGAAUAUUUGUCUUUAUUUUUUUUACUAUUAUUGUCACAAUCUAAUGGCAAUAAACUUACAAAAAAAAAGAAAAUUAAUUAAAAAAAAAAACGAGUGAGACGUCCAUAGACGUUUUAGGUGAUUUAACCCGAUGUUGUCUUGACCAAUCGAUUUGUGUUAUUCUUAUUACUGUAUUAUUUUUGAUAUUAUCUUAAUGGGCAUCCAACUGCAUUUCACCUCAAGGUGUGUACAUAGUACUUUAUGUACUACAUACUAAAAUAAUGGUGACUAAUGCUGCUGCGUUUGAACUCAACAUGUUUAUUUGGUUACCUUUGUGAAUUUAUUUGUUCCAUACAUUCAAUCAUAUAUACUCGUGAUAUACUGAAUGUGUACACAUGACCUGUAUAAAUACCAUAAAUAAAGA